UUGCGAACAUUUUAUAAUGUUCUCUAAUUUUUUAAGCUUAUUUCUACCCAUUACUAUAACAUUGUUAACAAUCAGCCAUGGAUCACCUAACGUUUUACAUCGUGUAAAACUACCUACAUAUUGCAGCUGCCCACCUCACCCCAAGUUACGAGAUAAACAAGGACCCACCAAAUGGACAGACCGUCGCACAAUCAUUCAACAACUCGACGACCCACCAUAUGGAGAAGGCGGGAUCCCCAAUGGGUUUUCAAAUAACGAUCAUGCAAAGGAUAUUUUAUAUAAAAGGAAAGGCGAUUACACAAAUAUGGUUGGCGAAACAUCCAGCGAUUACGAGGAUCCAUUUGAUGAAGAAUCUUCUCCUAUAGGUCCAAGGAGACAUGACGAGGGAUUUAAGGUUAUAACAGGAGGCAAAACAUUUGAACAUGAUAAAGCAACAAAAGAAAAGAAAUCAAAUACUCCUAAAAAUGACGAUGGAAAUUACUUACAGAACUUAUUUAAUAGACUGACUGAGUCGGCGUGGGACUAAUCAUCAAGGAACAAUUUGAAGAAUGGAAUACGAUUAUGAGCUGUUCUAG